AGUUUUGGCCAUGAUGAGGGCCCUGGGACCACUGGGGUGGCAGGGGAUGUUUUAAGAAGAUAAAAGUGAUUUCUUGCUGCUCGUGCUGGCAGGGGCUGGCGUGGCUGGAGCCGGGAGGAUUAAAACAAUUUCAUAAUCCUGGUGAUUUCCUUUUGAUCGGGAUUAUGAAACCAAUCACGAAUAUCAAAAGCUGCAGCUUAAAGCGGCAGCCGGAGCGGGGCUGGGAUGUCUGUGGCCCCCACGGCACCCCUCCUGCCCCCCGAGGACAGCAGCCCCCACACCUCCAGCCCUCUCCCGAUGCUGCUCCAGGGGGCAGAUGGAAGGGGGCUCUCCCGCUGAGACGCGGCGGGUGCCGCGGCCCCCCAAGCAGCACGGCCAGAGCGGCGGCCGAACCCCUGCGCUGCCGGAGCACCCUGAGGCCGCCCGUGGCCCCCACGCCAUCCUGGAGAGCAAGGUGAAGGCGCUGAAGGAGAAGCGGGGGGGUGGCCGGCCGGGGACCCCCGCGGCCGCCCCCGAGCGCGUCUCACCCAAGAAGCCCCGGCCCCGGCGGGGGAAGCCGGGAUCGGACGUGGCGGCGUUGGAGCCGCGGGCUCAGCUCCGCACCUACCUGACAGACGGGCUGCUGGAUGGUGGGGAGCCUGUGGCCGGUGGCCCCCAAGCCCCGGCACCCCACGCCGGCACCCCGGGGCUCUGGCAGGUGCCGGCACCCAAGGGAGAAGUGCCGGGAGGCACCGAGCUCCCCUGGGACGAGGGCAGUGGGUCUUGCGGCUCUGCCUCCCCCCACGAGAGACCCCCCCUGGAAGAAGAGGCACGAACCCCACCGCAGGACGAGGGGGGUCCCUCUGUGUCCCCCACCACAGCAGAGGGCUGGGAGAGGCUCUCGCUGGCCGAGAGGGUGGAGAGGAACCGGCAGCUGCUGCAGGAGGUGCUGGGCCUCGCCGCGCCCGAGGUGCCGGUGAGCGAUGGGGACUGGGACUCAGGGGUCUCGCUGCAGGAUGCCGAGGGCUGCAGGGCCUUUGUCCCCAGGCAGGAGCUAGAGCUGAGCCCGCGGCACGAGCAGGCCAAGCAGCUGCUGCAGCGCGCCCGCAUGAAGGCUCGGACGAACCCCCUCCGCGCCAGCCACGACAUCCUCCUCCUCACCGCUGCCGCCACCGCCGCCGUCCCGCACCCCAGGGAGCCCAGCGGGAGGCCCAGCAUCACCCCGCGGGACGGCGGGAGCCUGAGCGACUCGUCAAGCGGGGAGUCGAGCUGCGGGCGGCCGCAGCGGCCCCGGGGACCUUCUCCGUCCCGUGUCCGCUUCGAGGACGAGUCGGCCCGCGACGCUGAGGUGCGGUACCUGGAGCGGCUGCAGCUGCGGCACCGGCGGGCGCUGGGCUCGGUGCUCUCCUCAACAGAGCUGGCUGGCGGCGGGCAGCCGGGGGACAGGGCUGGCCAGCCCAAAGCCCAGAGCGGUGACCUCGUGGUCGGGGGCAAGUGCAGCGCCUGCGGCUCCUUCCUCGGUGGUGCUGCCGCCGCCAGCCGGGGCACGGACACGCCGGCAGCCACCGACGCAGCUGAAAGUAGCCCUGCGGCACAAGGAAGCAUCCCAGGGGAUAGCGGGGCGUCAAGCGCUGCCCAGCCGGAGCCCAAAACCAGGGCUCUGGGCCCCCGGGGGUCCCCACUGUGGAUCCUCCCCUCCCGGCAGCGCAUCCACACCGAGAAGAUCAAGGAGACAUACAUCGGGGAUGUCACCUACAUCGACGAGGUGGACUCGGCCCUGGAGAGCACUGACACUUCCGACGGCUGCCGGACGGACAGCGAGGAGGCAGGACCCCGCAGCCCCCACCCAUGGGGGCACCGGGACCCCCAGGCUCGCGGGCACAAGGCCCCCCGUGCCGCCCCGCAGCCGGAGGUGAGGGCUGGGAAGGGGCCGUGCGCGGCCAGCGGUGGCCCCCGCGCAGAGGACGGGGGCUCGAGUGGUGCCACAAGCCGGACGGGGGCUGUUUGCCCCCCGCCGCUGGGGAGAGCCGGUAGCCGGGAGGACGUGGACCCCCACCAGCAUUCGGGGGGCAGCAAGGGGGUGGGAAACACCGCUCAUCCCCCGUGGCAGCCUAGCGAGCCCCUGGACUCCUCCUUGCAGCCGGCGGCCAGCACCCCCAUGGUGGGCACCCACCUCCCGGCUCCCCCUCCCACCAAAAAGGCCUGCUCCCAGGUGCCUUGCAGGAAAGCCCUCUUCUCCGGUGGCAGCCGCCGGGCAUCGAGCCAAGGAGCCCAGGGCCCAGAGCCUGAUGGUGGGAGUGCUGCACCCCCUCAGCCCGGGGGCACGGUGGGGCCGGAGGAGCGGCGGGGUCCCUGCAGCCCCAGGUGGCUCCCGGGGAGCCCCCUCCGUGCCUUGUCCACCAACAACUGCAACAACACCCACGGGCAGGACACCCCGGGGACAGGCAGAGUUACAGGGGCAUCGUCACACCCCACCACUGGCCCUGCACCCCAGGAGGCUGCUCAUCCCCCCGGGGAAGCUGCCAGGAGCACGGCACACGGGCACGUGGUGGAUGAGCAUCGUCCCUCUCCAUCCAGGGAGCUGGGGCGGCCAGCGAGCCGCAAGGGCAGCAGUGCUUCGGCGUCGGGGCUGAAGAAGCUCCUGUGCAGCCUGAGCCAGAGCACCAAGCAGCGCCUGGGCCGCUUCCGCUGCUACAGCAUGGAGCAGCUCCCGGCCCCCGGCAGCACCCCCCCGGAUGGCCCCGGCAUGAAGAAGUCGCCUUCUCUGCAGUCCCUGCGGCUGGUAUCACCCUUCUGCCAGCCCCAAAAAGCCGUCUCUGUCCAGAGCCUGCACCCCUUCCUGGGCAAGGCACCCCGCACCAGCGCCUACCUCCUGCCCCAGACUGCAGCCGACAGGAAGGGGGGCUCAGGGCCGCGGCGCUCACUGAGCGUGGAGGACAUCGGGGUGCCCGGCCGGCUGCAUGCGGUGGGGCGUGUGGUGGAGGUCUUCCCCGAUGGAACCAGCCAGCUGGAGCUGCAGCGACCCCCCCAUGGCGCCUUCGGGUUUUGCGUCACCUCUGGGCAUGGCCGGCCUGACACAGGUGUCUACGUGCAGGAGAUGACGGACGCUGGCACGGCCAAGCUCUACGCGGGGCUCCUGGGCGUGGGGGACGAGAUCCUGCAGCCACGGAAGGGGAAACUCAUGCCAUGGCGUCGGGGCGGCUGCACAGGGACAAGCCUCUCCGGCAGGCGCCAAGGCCGGCAAGUGGAGGAGGCAUGGCAGCAACAGCUGCCCUCUGCAUGGUGGUGCCCCCACAUCUGGGCAGCAGCUGCCUGCAGCAUCCCCCACAUCUGGGCAGCAGCCGUCCGCGGUGCAGAGGGGACCCCAGAAACUGCAGCAGCCACUUAAACCUU